CUUUUGAUUUGUCGAUAUAGAAGCUACACAGACACACACACACAAACGCAGCCGCUGCCGCCAAUGAUGGAGUAAACAGCUGCUGCUGCUGCGGGGAAUCUCAUCAACAACAUGUCAUUGCAACAGCCGGCGCUUCAGCCAGUUCCGUUAGUCCCGUUAGCCCCGGCAGUGGCUGGCAAUGGCAGCAGCAGUGUCUCCGGCAAUGGCAACCCACAGUUAUUGCGCCCCCAAUCGUUGGCUGCACCCGAACGUGAACCCGUCGAGUUCAAUAUUAAUCUGGUUGGUGCACCGCCCGAAGUCGAGCAACUUGUGGAGCAGAUUAAGUGCGUCGCCGAGCAGUUUCUCUAUCACUGGAAGAGUUUUCCCAUAACUCUGCCGCAGCCACUGGCAACGAGCACCUUAAAUGUGACGGCUAGCAAUGCAACAAACAGUGUCAGCGGUCGCAAGAAGCGUGCCAUCAAUCAGAGUGACCUAUUUAUAGCGCCUCCCUUCGAUGAACUGGACGCAGUCGCCUCCGAUGGCAGCGGCGAGCCGCGUCGUCUAACAAACGCACAAUUGAAAUGCUUGCGUGAAACUGGCUUGCAAAAGGAUAAAUAUGGAAAGCCGAAGAAAUUAACUUUGGAACAAUUGGAAACAAUACGCAAAAAUGGUGAAUUUGAUGUGCCGAGCUUGCACUUUUCUGGCCAGGUGCACAAGUGGCGCCUCUCUCAGUUGCUCCAGAAGGGCACACUGCGGGCCAACGACUCUUUCCUCAGUGAUCUAGCGCUGGCAGCUCGCUUUGUGGUCGUCACCGCUCGGGCGCGCAUCUUCUCGCACUUCUUCUCGGUGGUGCAUGCGGCGCAUGCCCUGCUCGAUGCCCUCAUGCGGCUGGCGGAUAUGUUCAUCGGUGUACCCGCUCUGCUGGCCCACAAUCUGGACUACAAAAUCAAGGAGGAACGCUGUCGCUUUCUCAUAGCUGAGCUAGUGUGUCGGCCCGAGUUUGAGGAUUGUCUGGAUGGACUCUGCUCGUAUGUGCGCAAAAUGCUUCGUCGCGCCACAAUGGAGAAGUUUGAUUUCAAUAGCUGCGAGGUGACACAGCCUGUGCCAUAUUUGUUUUUAACGCCCAAGGGCCAGGAGAUCGAUUUGCGACUCUUCUGUCGCGAUAUAAUGCGCAAAGCGCUUCCCGUGCUCAUAGGCAUCCUGGAGCGAGAAACACGCGGCUGGUUUCUUCACUUCCGGGAGCGUUUGAUUGCCGAGCUGCGCGCCAAGAAACUGAACGACAAGGAGAUCGAGGAAGAGGUUAACGAGGCGGUGAUGAAGGAGUAUUUGCAGCGUGUUUACACCUCCAUCAUGUCCAAUGCCAAACUGGCCGAACUGGGUGGCGGUGUGCCGCAGCUGCUGGUGGAACAGGCUCAAUCGGUGGUCAUCAUGUACAAGGCUGUGGACAAAGUGCAGCACGAUAUCAAGCGAACGCGCGAGGACCACCAAAAAUGCCUGGCCAACGAUCACUCUGUGCUGUCCCGCGUCGCACCCUGGCUGCGCUCCAAGCUGCGCCAUGCCGAGCAGCACAAGCUGUACAAGUGCGCUUGGUCGGCGCACGAGGAGGCACUGAAAAUGUGCAGUCAGCACAAUCUACAUCAGACUGCUUACUUUCUGUCGCGCGAUCUGGCCUUCAUGAAGGAGCGCGAGCCCGUGCUGCUCAAGGAGCUAAAGAAUGCCAAAACGCCGACGCGCAGCUUUCAAUGGGCGUGUCGCAUCUGGUCGCCACAGGCAUGGAUUAUACGCCGCAAUUUCCAGGGUCAAUCGGAUGUGAUUCCGACAGUUAUUAGCCAGCAGGCCACAUCGAUAGUGACGCCCCGUUCCGAUCCCAGCCAGCCGGUAUUUCUGGUCGAGAAAGAAAUGAUACGGACGACGAGCACACGCUGGCCCUUCUGGCGUCUAUUGAAUCUGCUGCAGCGCACCUGGUGCUGGACUUGGAAUAUGAUGUUCCUGCUCGGCAUCCUGGUGCCCUGGUGCAGUCCCCUUGGACUGCGCGCCCUCUUCUGCAUUAAGCCUUUCAUGCCCGACCUGGAGCUGUCCCAAAUCAAUGGCACCCUCUUUCCACGCAAGACCAGCAUCACUCAGACGUUAGCCUCGCGGCUCAUCGAACUCUGGCGACACAUAUCAAAAUCCCGCACUCAUUUCGAAACGGAACCUGACACAGGCUUCAUCGGCAAGGGCUUGACACGCAAUGUGAAUCGCACCUGGAACUACUUUGUAAAAGGCUUUCUUGGCACCAUUGUCAUUCUGUUUGCAUUCCCAUUGAUAUGCAUUGCCACGAGCUGCCUCAGCAUUGGGCUCGCAUUGAGUGCACCCCUUUGGAUUCCAGUGUUUGUUCUGCUGCUGCACAUCUACAUGAUACUCGUCUAUGAUCUGGAUGCGCCCGACAACUCACGAAAUCGUUACUGUAUUUUGUUGGAGGCGCUCAUAUGGAACUUUCUAAUACAGGGCCUGCUGCAGCCGGUGGUGGCGAUUUUUGUGGCUACGCUGCUUUGCCCGCUGGCAACAGGCCUUGUGCUGAUUGUUGGCGUCGGUCGUUAUACGUUGCGUCUGCUCUGGGAUUCAGUCACGUUUCAUUUGUUCAUUAAAAAGUGCGGACGGGUGCCAGCCUCGGACAGCAUUGCCGUAAAGCGUAUUGCCGGACCCGGCCUAGCCUUGGACUAUUACUUCAUCAUACGGCCGGAGCAAGCCUUGGCAGCACUAGAAGCUAAAAUGGAACUGGACGAGUUGCAGGCGUAUCAGCAUGCCACCGAGCGUGUGGUAUUGCAGCCUCAGCAUGAUUUCCUGCAGUUUGUCGAAGCCUGCUUUGGCCCCUUCUCGGCUCAGCUGUCAAAAUCGGGUCCAUAUUUGGCACUGGAUCGCGAGGCCCAAGAUUUGAUGAGCUCACUACACGAAAAGCUGGAAAAGCGACGAAGAGAGCUACAAACGAGCCUAACCACACAGGUCAAGUCACGCAUUAAGCUGAAUACCAAAGAAUUGAAGAUUGCUAUCCAAUUGGCCGCCCAUUUACUCGAAAAAUACUAUCCGUCUCAUGUCAUCGGUAGGCUGUCCAUUAGCGAAGAAGAAUUUUGGGAUAAUAAGGGUCUGUCGGUCAACGAUUGGCCGGGCCUCGCUGGUCUCUUAUAUACCGACAUAUUUAGUUUAGAUUUUCUAACGCCAUUGACUGAAAACGAUACGCAUUUUAAACUAGAACCACAUGCCUCGCUCGACCUAAUGCGCUACACGGAAAUGGUGAAGAAUGCCAACGAUGUUAUCGGUUCCAAGGGCCUCGAUUUGUUGGGCAAUGUUUACGCGCCGCGCGGGAAUGUCCAAGUGCAUUUACCAUUCCUUGAAGUGACAGCAUUUAAUCCGCGCUCACGCAUCACGUUGACUUUUCGCAAGCCUGAAAAACGCGACAUGACCGUGGGUCUAACGACGCCUCGGGUGCGGGCCCAUCGCGCUCAGCACGUACCGAAGGCGCCACAGGAUGGCCUGAAGCCGUGGCGACCCUGGAAGCAGAAGUGCGGGGAGCGAAGCGUAACGGAGAAGCUACUCAUCCCGUUGCCAGUGCCGCAUCCCGUGCACAUUGCCAUUGCCAUUUAUAAUCGCGAUACAGAGCAACCCAUACCACUGGACUCAGAGCUCGUCUGGGAGAUACUCAAAUCGAUUGAGGACUGUCAAAGUGGUGACGCCAUGGCAGUGCAUUCGGUUGCGCGUUAUCAUGGCGCGGUUAUAGAAUCCAGCAAUGAUUCGCUGGCUAGCAGUAGCAGCAUUGGCAGCACCCGGGACUCUGGCUCUGGCUCUGCGUCUGGCUCUGCACUGGGCAAUGGCACAGAGACGUUACCUUGCGGAAAUCGAGAGGUUUGCACACAGGUCAAAGUCGAUGCGGAGCCUGCACCGAGCGCCUCCGGUUUUCACUGGACUCUCAGCAAUUGGGGUGCUGCACAGACAGCUCGGCGUCGCACCAAUUCCAAUGUGCGCGUCGAUUUGGCCAGUCCCGAGGAUAUAUCGCUGGAUACGGAUAGUUCACGUGCUGUGUUUAACAAUGCAUAUGGCACCACAGUCUAAGAGGUUGACGCUGGUUCGGGCACACAACAGUAUAUAGACUACAUAUACACAAAUAUUUACCUUUAUACACAGAGUAGAGAUACAGAUACGAGUAUGUAUAAAUGCGUGGGCUUCGAGCUGCUUGCUUGCAUUUCUUCAGAAUACUUUUCAAAUAUUCGCAUUAUCCAGUUAGGCUUUUGUAUAUGGCACAAAUAGCAAGUGACAUUUCGCGAAUUAAUAGCUUUAUUUCGAUUAAAUUUGAUUAGCAAAGAAUGACUAUGAAAGGCUAUAAAGUGAGUCGAGGCCAUCGCAGAUGUCUAAGUGAAUGUAGCUCAGCAGGUUAGGCAGCUAUGCUAGUUAAAGUGUAGCAUGAAUAAAUUUAUCCAUAUACAUAUACAUAUAUCUAUAUUUACAUAUGCGUAUAUGAUAUACAUACAUUAAUGAUUUGUUUGUAUACAAACUUAUACAUACAUACCUACAUACAUACAUAUAUAUACAUAUAUACAAUGCAUACACAAAAGAAAUCUAACAAGCAACCAACUUAAUUCUAGUCGCAAGCAAAUUUUAUGCAGCAAUUUUACUCAAAUUCUUCUAAUGCAACUAAUUAAGAAUACUAAACACAAAAGCUUCAGCUCGUAUGGCUUCUAUGAUGAUUUUACCAUAGUAAUAGUUAUAAAUUUUGUUUUUAUUCAACUUAAUUAACUAUGCACCACGGUCCACUUAUGUAGAUUUCAACGUUCAAUCUUACAACUUUGGAAAUGCGAAUUUUAUUAUUUAUCGUACGCAUUUUUUAGAAUGCGUUUCAAUUACGGUUUAUUAAAUAUUGUUCCCAUAGAACUCACACAAAGGUCAAAUACCUUUAUUAACAAUAGCUUACAAUAAACAUUGAUCUGCUCAACAAAUAUUUAAAAAGAUUUGCAUAGAUUUGCAAAUGGUACAUCAAUUUAAAUGACUGCUUAAACCAUUUCCCAUCAGCCUUUUUACAAAUUGUCGAUAUUCGUUAAACUUUUUAGUUCGAUUUUGGUUGCAAAAAUGAGUUUUUUAUUUUAUACUUUUUUACAACUAUUAUAAGAAUUCAAAAGUUAUUCUACAAAAACGUUCAAUUAGGUUAAUGGUUUCAAAGAUAGAUUUUUAUGAAAAAUAUGUACUGAUCGACCAUACAAUAUUAAGCAAUAUUAAAAUUGUAUUCCACUUGCGAAGGCAAAGCACUCCUUAUAGGGUAGAUAGGUAUUCUAACAAAGCAUUGCAUAAGUGCAGUGUAAAAUGGAUUGUGUUCCCAAUACAAAAAUUAUAUUAUUAACAACAGCAGCAGGACUUAUAGUUAAUUGUAUAUCAAUUAGAAAACUCAUGCAGUUAGUUAGGGCAAUAGUUAUAAACUUUCGAACUUAACUCGAAUCGUUUUAAAUACGUGUAAAUUGUUCUUCUUGCCUGGAUCCGAUGUAUUUCCGGUUUGUCUUGGCCGUAGUUAAUCAAUCAAAUAAAAUAUCGUAUCAGAUCAGGGGUAUCCAGAAAAGCCAUUUUUGUACAAUUUAGAUACCUAUUUACUCUAGACUUAUUUACCGAGAAACAACAGAGGACUAUAUAGCAGUCUAGUAAUUUUAAAUUCAAUUAAUGAAAUCCUUUUUUUAAUUCAAAAAUGAAUUUUAUAUUUAAACUGAGGCUGAAAUCCGUUUCAAAAUAUCUGCGUGUAUUCAAAAGAAACAGAAUUUUAACCGAUGAAAAACGCUGGCCAUGAGAUUUUCUUUGUACCUAACAAAUACAAGAACUUAAUUUUAGCAAUCAAAUGUAACAAUAUUAUAAAUGCCACGAAUUGUACUAUGAGAAGUUAAAGAAAUAUUGUUAAUUAAUAUUAAAUAUGGUAUGACAACUAAUUUAUAUACAUUAACGCAUACAUACAUACUUAGUACUAUUACUAAUCUUAUACAUGUAUGUAUGUAUGUUAUAUGGAACUAUGUUUUUACUACUACAAUUCCUUCUCUUUCUCUUCCAAAUACUACUACAAAAUAUAAAUAAUAGUAAUUACAAAUAACAAAUUAUCGUACAACAACAGCAUUAAACAAAAGGCAGUAAAUUGUAAUUUAAAGAAUAAAUUUUCAUAUUUAUAUAUACAUCAAUAUAUAUAUAUAUGUAGCAAGAAAAUCAUGAUUGUUAAUCAUAUAAAAGUAUCUGCCGCUUUCCAUGUCAGCUAUAAUACCUGUAAUUACACUCCUUACCCCCGACGUAUACAUAUGCCCUCCAAGUAUUCACUACCAAGUCCUUUUAUUUUUACAUUAAUUGCCACACUUAAAGUAUUAAUUUAUAGUAACUAUUUUACACCGCUCACUAACUUCAACCAUAACUUCGGAAGCUUCCAAUACUUUGUACGUUAAGAUAAAAUUUCUUUCUCAAAAUGUUUCUUUGUGCAUGACUAAAGAAUAUGUUUGCUAAAGCUUAAGUUUAAACUUAAUGCAACUUUUACACAUAUAUUUUUAAAGAAAACCGUUCGUCAAAUCCCCAAGAAAUUGUAUCGAUAAAUUUUUGUUGAAAUUAGGCAAACGGACCGUAAUUAUAAUUUUAAGCAAGAGUAAAUUGAAUAAAAUCUUUACAUACAAAUAUACACAUACAUAAAUAUUUAGUUAUACAAAUUUAAUCAUACAGAUCAAUCAAAGAACGAUAAUCUCAAGAGCGCAUUGAACAAUUUUAUGAAAAUGAACUGUAGUUUAAUUAAUAUGUAAUAAAAAAUGUUGGAUAAAAAA